GAAAUGCGCAGGCGCGGGAGUUUCUGGCAGAAAGCAGACGAGCCCGGGCCGGCGCGGGGCCUUGUGGGAGGGCUCAAGGAAGUAAAAUGGCGGACCUGGCGAACGAAGAAAAACCUGCCAUUGCUCCGCCUGUCUUUGUGUUUCAGAAGGAAAAAGGACAAAAGAGGUCCGCUGGAGGCUCCAGCCCCGAAGGCGGAGAAGAUUCUGACCGCGAAGAUGGAAAUUACUGCCCUCCCGUCAAGAGAGAAAGAACGUCCUCUUUAACCCAGUUCCCACCUUCACAGUCAGAGGAAAAGAGCAGUGGGUUCCGGUUGAAGCCGCCAACGCUGAUCCAUGGCCAGGCCCCCAGCGCAGGUCUGCCAAGCCAGAAGCCCAAGGAACAGCAGCGAAGCGUGCUUCGCCCGGCGGUGUUACAAGCCCCACAGCCAAAGGCACUGUCACAGACCGUCCCCAGCAGCGGCACCAACGGCGUCAGCAUCCCAGCAGACUGCCCGGGGGCCGUGACAUCGACGCUGCCCGACAACCCCGCCCGGAGGAGUCCCUCUGACGAGGCGCGAGCACUCGAGGAAAAAGAGCCCCAGAGAGAUGAGCCUAGCAAUCCUUCUGAGGAGGACAACUGUGAAAAGAAGGAGCAAGUUGCACAGCAGGCGUUUGUGUUCGGGCAGAACUUGAGGGACAGAGUUAAGUUAAUAAACGAGAGCACUGAAGCAGCCGACGUGGAGAAUGCCGGACACCCCAGUUCAGAAACACCAACCGCGACCAACUAUUUCCUUCAGUAUAUCAGCUCCAGUUUAGAGAAUUCGACCAAUAGUGCCGACGCCGCCAGCAACAAAUUCGUGUUUGGCCAGAACAUGAGCGAGCGCGUGCUGAGCCCACCCAAACUAAAUGAGGUCACUUCAGAUGCCACCAGGGAAAACUCAGCUGCCGAGUCCGGGUCCGAGUCCUCGUCCCAGGAGGCCACCCCUGAGAAAGAGUCCCUGGCUGAGUCGGCGGCCGCCUACACCAAGGCGACGGCGCGCAAGUGUUUGUUGGAGAAGGUGGAAGUCAUCACCGGGGAGGAGGCGGAGAGCAACGUGUUACAGAUCCAGUGUAAGCUGUUCGUCUUUGACAAGACCUCGCAGUCGUGGGUGGAGAGGGGCCGGGGGCUGCUCAGACUCAACGACAUGGCCUCCACCGACGACGGGACGUUACAGUCGCGACUAGUGAUGCGGACCCAGGGCAGCCUGCGGCUCAUCCUCAACACCAAGCUGUGGGCCCAGAUGCAGAUGGACAAGGCCAGUGAGAAGGGCGUCCGCAUCACGGCCACGGACGCCGAGGACCAGGGCGUCAAGGUCUUCCUGAUCUCGGCCAGCUCCAAGGACACCGGGCAGCUGUACGCGGCCCUGCACCACCGCAUCCUGGCUUUGCGCAGCCGCGCGGAGCAGGAGCAGGAGGCCAAAACGCCUGCCCCGGAGCCCGGGGCCGCCCCGUCCAACGAGGACGACAGUGACGACGAUGACGUCCUGGCUCCGUCGGGAGCCACCGGAAGCGGCGCUGGUGACGAAGGGGACGGGCAGACGGCCGGGAGCACAUAGCGCCGGGAGCCGGCCGCCCGCGAGCCUGCUGCUUUGUCCGUCUGUCCGCCCGCCCGCCCUUCCCGCCAGCAGCGUCGCGGCGCGGGGCCCGGGAACCACACUCCCCGCUGGGUUGGCCACAGUCUGGAUCCGCGCGUCCCGUUCAGAAGCAGCCUCGGGAACUGCCUGAACGUGGUUUGGGACACGAGACCUCAUCAUAUUGAUGAGCAAACAAAAGAGAACAUUUCUUCCCUCCCCUCCUUUGAAUUGAGAUGGCACAUUAAGACUUGUCACGGCUUC